AUGCCUGGUAGACCACGACGGGAGGUCACAGUCGACCGCAGUCUGUGUCGCCGCUGCCAGGACAACGAGCCGACCAUCACCAUCCGGACAGAGCCGUUAUGCGCCACAUGCUUCGCCAAGUAUGUGUCGACGAAGGCCGUGAAGCGGAUGGAGAGCUUUCGCGUACGCCAUGCAGAAGCUGGUAGUGAGCGGAUACUACUACUACCACUAUCCCUCGGAGCCUGCUCAACAACACUAAUCCACGUCUUGAGCCAACAUCUCGCAGGACAGAGCGAGAGAACAGGACGAACUGGCUUUAAGCUGCAUAUCCUACAUGUAGACGGCACAGAGCCUGCUCAGUCCUCAAGUUCGCUCAACAAGGUGAGGGAAUGCUAUCCGCAGCAUUCAUAUUCAUCUCUUCCACUUGCAGACGCACUUUCCUUGGAAGGCAUCCAUGAAUUGCUCAACCUUACUGAGAGUCAGGAGAACACGGCAGAGGCUUUGUCAAUCGCGGUUGCAAACCUCAAUUCUGCAACGUCCCGCGAUGAUAUCCUGCAGCUGCUUCAAAGAAAGCUGGUUGUGGACUUUGCCAAGCGCCAUAACUGCGAGGCCAUCUUGUGGGGUGACAGUACGACGAAACUAGCGGAACGCACUCUCGCCGAGACAGCUAAAGGUCGAGGCUUCAACUUACCAUGGACCGUCUCUGACGGCGAGUCGCCACAUGGCAUACCAUUCUACUUCCCAAUGCGCGAUCUACUAAGCAAAGAGAUCGUCGCAUUCACAACAAUGACAGAACCGCCUCUAGCCGAUCUCGUUGUGCAGCGAGAGCAGAAGCGCAUGGUGAGCACGAAAAACACCACGAUCGACGAACUCAUGAAGCAGUAUUUCGAGUCCGUUGAGCAGGAGUAUCCGGGUAUUGUGGCGAACGUGGUCAAGACGACUAGCACCGGCAAGGAGCAGACUUUGUUAUGGCUGUAUUCGUCUCUUACCACAAACAGCAGGAUGAGAGAGACGGGGCUACGUCUUGGACGCGACCUUUUGAAAACCCUUCUGUACAGCCGGUGCGCACUCUCUGCCACGCACUUACACGCGAUCGUGUACCGAGCAUACUCAGAGGGUGCGGAGGAAGAUCAAGCCUGCUGGCAUUGGGAGGAACGCGAAUUGCAGCAGAGCUAA